UAGAUUUAAAUAAUUUUUAGCGACGUCUAGCAGAUCAAAAGGGGUGGUAUCGGUAUGUAAAUAUCACAAAAUGAAUAAUGAUUAUAAAAAUUGUGUUUUAGUACUUCGAGAUUGAAAAACUCUGAUUAUUAUGGCGUUAUAUUGGCCUGUUACAACAUGGAUGAAAGCUGCAGAAACAUGUCGAAUAGUCAAGGCUGAAAAUAGUGAUGGUUUUACUCUUUAUGUCAUUGUUAUGUAUCUGCCUUCAUAUUCCUGGACAAUUAAACGACGCUACAGUGAGUUCCAUGAUCUUCAAGAAAAGCUUGUUGCCCAUUGGAAUGUGGAAAAAUCUCUCCUCCCUCCAAAGAAGUUGUUUGGCAACCAGUCAGAGGCUUUUAUUCAACAGCGACAGAUUGACCUUGAAGUUUACCUUCAAACCUUAAUUCAUCAAUUUAGCAUUCUGCCACCCCCUCUCAUCAGUUUUCUAGAUUUUCAUAAAUAUGAGAUUAGGACUAUUGCUGAAGACUUGGCAGAAACAUUUUUCUAUCUUGGUGAUGAGCUACUAACGAGUGGGAAAAAAUAUAAAUUGUGUCCACUACAGCUUCAUGCUUUGACAGAGAGAUUAAAAUUAGCCGAACCUCCAUGUUCUUCUGGUGACAAAAAACGAGACAUCGGUCACUUACUGGAAUUUGUCUCUCAGUUACAUCAUUUGAAGGUUUUGGGCAGUAAUGAUCCUGUUGGCCAAAGCAAUAUUAUACCCAACCAACUAACCUUUGAUAUUUCCCCUUUCAAGUCUCUUGAAAUCCUUGAAAUGGAGGGAUGUGAAGUUGCAGAACAUGUUACAACAGGCAGUUCAUUAAGGGAAAGUUUGGUCACUAUAAAGAUACAUCAGUCAUUGGACUCACUGGCAUCAUUUCUCCUUUGUGAUGAUGUUCACUGGUCAGUAACGGAAAAUCUGUCUACUUGGCCAGUAUGGCAAUGUGUUCAAGAAGUAGACCUUAGCCAUAAUAAUAUUACUGCAAUUGAUUCGUCUGUAAAACUUCUGUUUGCUGUAGAAACUCUGAAUUUAAGUCACAACCAGAUAUCAGCUAUUGAAAAUUUAGAAUCUCUGCCCCACCUCUCUCUCCUUGAUUUGUCCCAUAAUAAAAUCUGUGAAGUAGUAAAUUUGCACACAAAGUUGGGUAAUAUCCGCACAAUGAAGCUUCAUCACAACUCCAUUAAGUCUGUCCAAGGAUUUGCUCGACUUUACUCUGUAGUUGAGCUAGACCUGACUCACAACAAAAUUGCUUCAGUUGCUGAGGUUGGGUAUCUUGGGGCUCUUCCAUGCUUGGAAAUCUUAGAUCUCGCUGGUAAUCCUGUAGCAAAUGCUGUUGAUUUUCGCCCACAAGCAUUAGCAGCUUUUGAUACUAGAGCAGCUGAGGUAA